AUGGAUGCCCAGCCAUUAACAACCCUCCGCUCCGAAGAUGUGAAUGCCGGUCCCAGGGCCCCUCGCACACAUACACCGACGCCAAAAAACAACCCGGGCUCAUCGGCCGAUGGCGAUGGCGACGCCCAUCAGACUAGUGGAUCGUGGUCUCUCAAGCGACUGCUCAGUCGACGCGGGAGUCGCCGGUAUCGCGUGCUGGAGCGAGAGCCGAAUCGGUUGCGGAAACGUGUCAGUCAGUGUCAGUGA